CCAGAUCUCAUCAAAAACCUGAACAUUUGGCUCCGCAAGGAAAAGUACAUCUCUCUGGUUGCCGAGUGUCCUGAGCUCUUUCCAACCAGGAAAAUGGUUCCUGUCAUGCUUUGUUCAAGGAAAGGUUAUAUCUUCAUUCAGACGGACAAGCCAAUAUAUACCCCCAACGAGGCUGUAAACUACAGGAUCUUCACCCUGGACAACUACUUGAGACCAGUGAGCGAGAACGUCAGGGUAACCAUAUACAAUUCCAAGAACAUACAGUUCCCCAGCUUGCUGGUGCAUUCCCGGAAGGUGCUAGCUCGGACGUUCAAAAUCCCGGACAUCGCAGAGCCAGGCAUUUGGCGAAUUGAAGCGGAAUUUGACGAGGCGCCAAUGUCUAAAGUGUCCGCCGAAUUUGAGGUCAAGGAAUUUGUUCUGCCCAGUUUCAAAGUCGACUUGCUGUCAGAAAAAAUGUAUUACCUGGUUUCAAGCGAAAGUUUCGACUUCAAGAUCCUAGCAAGGCACACAUAUGGAGAACCUGUGAAUGGAGUGGCCUACGUAAGAUUCGCUAUUAUCCACGGAGAAGGGAAUAAAACCUACCUGCGGGGCCUGGAGGAACAACGUCAGCUCAAAGAUGGAAAGGAGUUGUUUUCUCUGAAAAGCGAAAGGCUAUUGGAAAAAGUGGCGCAAAGGAUGGAGCAGCUCGUGGGGCAGCACCUGUCUGUGGCCGUGACCGUCUUUGAAACAUCCAGUGGACAAAUGGAGGAACUGGAGGUCAACAACAUAAAGUUUGUAUCGUCUCCUUACGUUAUUGACUUGUCAAGAACGAGCAGCUAUUUUACACCACAGCUCACCUUCAGUGUUUUGGUCCAGGUGACUUAUCCUGAUGGAUCUCCCGCUCAUGGGGUUCCAGUCCAGUUAGAAGGACAUGAGAGGACAUCGAGAACACAGGACGAUGGGCAGGCUUUGCUGACAAUUUCACCUCCAGCUGAUGCAAAAACUUUUGAUAUCAAGGUGAUCGCUGGGAACAGGGAGCCCGGGGCACAAGCCAGUGAAGCGCUGAAGACCAUUCACAUCUACCAGUCAGAGAGCAAGAGCUACCUCCACCUGACCGUACCGCACAACGUGCUCGACCCCGACAGAUCGUUCUCUGUCGAUAUAAGAGCCAUCACCGCUGCUAAUGCUGGGAACGUCAAGUACUUUUAUUAUCUGGUUAUAAACAAAGGCAAAGUUCUGAGCAUGGACCGCAUUGAAAAAUCCGAGUUGACCAAACUCACCAUCCCACUCAACUUGGACAUGGUCCCCUCCUUCCGCCUUGUCUUGUACUACUACGUGGACAUCAGGGGCAAGACCGAGAUGGUGGCAAACUCUGCAUGGAUUGAUGUGAAGGAUGUUUGUGAGGGAGAGAUUACAAUCAAAGAUAUGCGCAGGGAAUAUGCGCCGGGAUCCUCUGCAAAUCUGAACAUUGAAAUGGGAGACAGCGGGAAGGUGUGCUUGGUUGCUGUCGAUAGUGCAAUCUACAUCCUCAACAAAAAGAACAAACUUACACAAAGCAAGGUCUUUGAACAGAUGAACUCUUAUGACCUUGGCUGCAGCUUUGGAGGAGGGGCUGAUAGUGCUCAUGUCUUCAUGGAUGCCGGACUGACCUUUAUUUCCAGUGCCGCCACCUCUAAGCUCCGGGAUGGGUACUUUUGCAAAUCAGACAGCAAGAGGACAAAGCGAUCACUUGAUAUCCAAGCACAGUACAUGGGAAAAUUGAGCCUCUACACUGAUAAGGUGUUGUACAAGUGCUGCUCGGACGGCAUCAACUUGAUCCCGAUGAAGAAGAGCUGUGAGGAGCGGGCAAAGAGGGUGAAGGAGGAGGAGUGUCGGAAAGCUUUCCUUGACUGCUGCGAGUACGCAGCUGCACUGAGGAAAAACCAGUCCUAUGUGGUGAAUGCUGUGGGCAGAACGUCUGGCAGUGAUGAGGACGACUAUUUUGAUGAGUCUGAUGUCAAAAUUCGCAGUGUGUUCAAACACAGCUGGCUUUGGACGACGUCUCCUCACAUACAGAAAGGGACCUACAGCAUGGGACUUGACAUUCCUGAUUCCAUAACCACCUGGGAAAUUCAAGCAGUUGGGCUGUUUGAUAAAAAAGGUUUUUGUGUGGCGGAACCGAAGCCAUUGAAAGUUUUCAAAAAGGUGUUUGUCUCUCUACGGUUGCCUUAUUCUGUGAAAAGAAAUGAACAGCUGGAAGUGCGAGUGGUAUUGUACAAUUAUCACAGCGAAAAACUUGAGCUGAAGGUGUACAUGAAACAAGACAAUUCUCUCUGCAGUCCUGCGACGGGCGACAACAAGGCAAGAUCGGUGACCGUUGAAGCGAACUCCGCCUAUCCUGUUUAUUUCUCCAUUGUCCCCUUGGAGAUUGGCAACAUUCCAAUCACUGUCAUUGCCUACAACACCGAAUGGUCCAUAAAUGAUGCUGUCACAAAGUACCUCAAAGUGCUGGGAGAAGGUGUCUUGAAGACUGAAGAGAAAAGCAUCUUUGUUAAUCCAAAAGCAAGGAGUACCUAUGAGAUUUUUGAAGAGGAACCGAGCAACAUGAUCCCAAACACUGACUCCUACCUUUAUAUUCGAGCCAGUGGCGAAGUACUUGGAGAAACAGUGGAGAACACCUUGGAUCCAGAAGGAAUUGACAAGCUCAUACGGUUGCCGAGAGGCUGUGCCGAGCAAACCUCUUUCUACAUGGCACCUACUGUCUUUGCUGUUAACUACCUGGACAGGAGCGAGCAGUGGAUCUCACUGAAAGCCGAACGCAAGGAUGAAGCUCUGCAACAUGUUGAAACAGGGUACAAGCGGAUUCUGGAAUUUAAAAAGCCAGAUGGUUCAUACGGAGCCUGGAAGCACACUCCCAGCAGCACCUGGCUGACAGCAUUUGUUACAAAGAUACUUUCAAUAGUUCAGAAGCAGAUCUACAUUCGGAGAGAACAUGUUCAGCAAUCUGCCUUGUAUUUGGUUAGAAGCCAAGAAGUGACUGGACAAUUCAAGGACCCCAACCCAGUGUACCACCGAGAAAUGCAGGGCGGAGUUGGCGGGGUAGAGUAUAAGAUUUCCUUGACUGCUUUCAUCACCAUUGCUCUGGUGCAUUCUCUGCCAUCCUUUGCAGACAACAUGGAGGAACAGCAAGAAGUGGAAGACAGCAUCAACAAGGCGGUGCGAUACCUCUUUGGCAAAGUUGAGUCUAUUCAGAGGCCGUAUGCACUUGCCAUCACCUCCUAUGCUCUCACCUUGUUCGACCCGACCAGUUUUGAAGCGCAGGCGGCAUUUGAAAAGCUGAAAAGCUUGGAAACUUAUGACAAAGGAUCGGAUACUCGCUAUUGGAUGGUCGAUCCGAAAGUGCUAAUUGCGAAAGAAACUCGGCUAAAUCAAGUCCCACAGGCACCAGCUAUUGAGGUGGAGACCACUGCCUAUGCACUGCUGACAGCUGUACACAUGAGGGAACUCCAUUAUGCCAGUGCUAUUGUGAAGUGGUUAACGGAACAACGGAACUAUGGUGGUGGAUUCCGCUCUACCCAGGAUACAACGGUCGCCUUGGAGGCGCUGUCUGAGUACAGCAUUGCAACUUUUGAACCUCAAGAGGUCAACAUGCAGCUAAAGUUCAGCAGCCCUGGGAGAAGUCACGGGAAAACACUCAAAAUACAGAGGAGCAACACACUGGUUCAGGAUGAGUUGAAGUUCCCGCUGGGCGACAACAUUAACGUUGAAGUGACGGGCACAGGAAAUGGAACACUCAGUAUUCUGAAAUCGUACCGGGUUCUGGAAGAAACGGGAAAUACCUGUGGCUAUUUGUGGCUGGAAGUAACAGUCCGAGGCAAGGUGGACUACACAGUUACUGACUACUAUGACUAUGAAGACGUAGGCUUUGCAGCGGACCAACCGGUCAGUGGGAUAGGCUGGUUUGACCUACGAUCACGAAGCAGGAGGCAGGCUCCGGCUGCAGAUAACGCUGAGGUCCUUUAUUACGAGGUCUGCUUCCGGCAUGAGGCUGAUGGAGCCUCUGGGGAGGAACCCUCAGGAAUGGCAAUCGUGGACAUCUCCUUGCUGAGUGGAUUUGAGCCAAAUCGGAGUGAUCUGGAAAAGGUCAGGAUUUCUUCCUCCACUUGCCUUGACUAGAGUCUGAUCAGAAUUAUGUGUAAUCAAUGACAAUCUGGAGCCAGUUCCAUCUCUUUGGAGCAAUGCAAUUUGUCUGUAUUUUUAUUCUGUUUUCCCUUGCCCUGACCUUUCUCAUCUACAUCUGGGAUACCCCGCCUUCUUCAGAAGAACAUAAAAACAUAAGGACAUAUGAAAUAGGAGCAGGAGCUGGCCGUCUGAGCCUUUGAGCCUGCUCCUCUUUUCAAUAAGCUCUGGCCAGGGAUUCAGUUCCACCUACCUUCCUUUUCCAAUUAUAUAGUGGAUAUAUUUGACAGCCUGUUUCACUGUUCCACCCCCCAACUGUUUGAUCUCCACCAUGAAUGUCCCAUCAUCACCCUGGCUGAACUUGUUUUCUGAAAGACUCCUGAUGCAGGGUUUCAUCCCGAAACAUCAACAUCUCUCUGUCCCAGACACUGUUCGAACCAAUGAGUUCCUUCAGCAAAUAGUUUAUUGCUCUGUAUGCCAGCAUCUGUUAUCAGAGGCACAGUUUAGGUUGAAGUAGGAACAGGUUAGGGAUGCAAAACUGUGAGGGACCAUCAUUAUGUCCCACCUUGUUUGGGCUGGGAGUUUUUAAAGGCAGACUGAGUAUUAAAGAUUCACUGGAGUAUGUUGGAGCAAGAAAGGGUAUCAUGGAAAGCUAAAACAUUCCAAUCGGUCUGGACAGAGUGGGUCCAAAAGAUGUUCCUGAUGGCUGUGUAGCACAGAGCCAGGUGAAAUAGAAUGUGGGGAGUGCCAUUUAGAAACGAGACUGGGUUGGAGGACAAUUCACUAAGCAUGUUCAAAAAGUGGAUGGAGAUAUUUCUUAGAACCAAUGGGACCAAGGGACAAAGAGUUAGAGCAAGUCAGGCUGGCUGUGGUCCCUUCAACCCCACCAAUCGAUGAGGACAACUUUGUAAACCCAGCGACCCAACUUCCUUGGUCCAGCACCUCUCCCUCCAAGCUGCCCCUCUGCAUGUACUGAUCCAAGUGCUUCUUAAAUUAUAUUAUUUUCCCAACUUAACCACUUCUGUUGGCAGCUUAUUCCAUAUAUUCCCUACCCUCUGCAUGCAAAAUCUGCUCCUCAAGUCAUUUUAAAUAUUUUCAAUCUCAGUCUGCACACGCUAGUUUUGGGAUCACCUUGGGAAUAGUCUACAACUGUCAACCUGUCUCUGCCUCUUAUCAUUUUAAGCACUUCUGUAAGGCUGCCUAGACAUUACCCUACAUUUAAAGCAAUAAAGACCUGGAGUAACACAGACAAAAAGCUAGAGGAACUCAGAAGGCCAGUCAGUAUCUAUGGAAAAGAGUAAACAGUUUACAUUUUGGGCCGAGACUCUUCAGCAGGAUUGGAAAGGAAGGGGAGAAUUCAGAGGCCCAGCUUGGUCAACCCACUCCCUAUAAUGCAAGGACCUUCAGUCCUGGCAACAUCCUUGUAAAUCUUUG